UCUUAGCGUUUCCUCCUUCUUUCCCUUAAUAUAAAUCUCCACUCAACACACCCAUUCCAUUCUUUUCUUUCUUCGAAGUCUACCCUUUUCACACAAACAAAUCAUAUCUUGAUCUCUAUUCUGGCUCACAAGUCGAUAAAGUUUGCAUCUUUACAAUCUUACAAGGCGAAAAAAUGCCUGCUUGGUGGAGUAAAAGGAGCAGCAAGAGCAAAGAAGGGAGCAAUCAAGAGAACUCACAUGGAAAAAAUGAUAAAAAGAUCUGUAGCAUCACAGAAAACAAGAGGAAAAGUAGUCUUGAUGAGGCGGCUUUGAGAAAGAAUUCACCACGUGGCAGCAAGGAAUUUGCUGGCAGUGGUGGAUCAUCCGGGUUUUCGGGUUUUGAGUCGGAUGCAGCUGAAAAAAGAGGGCUUCCUUUGCCUGAACCAUGUGUGAGUGAUCUUGGUGCUGGUGGUGGGAUUGGAGGUGCUGCUGGUGGAGUCGGGUUUGGACCCGGGUCGGGUUCUGUUUCAAGUGUUAGCUCUUCUGGGUCAUCUGGUGUUGAAGAUCAUGAUAAUAAUCAGGGUAGUAGUAGUCUGUUUGGUGGUUACAGGUUAUCUGUUGAUCAUAGAGGACAUGGUGGGGGUUCAAGAAGUCCUGUUCCUGGGUCGAGAAGUCCUGUUCCAGGGUCGAGAACAACAAGCAGGCCUACUUCACCUCUCCAUCCGCUGCUGGGUGGUAUGAGCUUAGACUCCUUGACUGGGAGGCUGGAAGAUGCGAAGAGCCAAUGGCAUCCACUGCCUCUUCCACCAGGUUCUCCCACAAGCCCGCCUUCGUUACCGGGCACAAGAACCACUGGAGCAACAGACAACUCUACCUUGUCAAAAUGGAAGAAAGGAAAGCUUCUAGGAAGGGGAACCUUUGGACAUGUUUACCUCGGAUUUAACAGCCGGAGUGGACAGAUGUGCGCAAUAAAAGAAGUCAAGGUUAUUUCAGAUGAUUCAACAUCAAAAGAAUGUCUCAAGCAACUAAAACAGGAGAUAGAUUUGCUUAGUCAGCUAUCACAUGCAAACAUUGUUCGUUACUAUGGAAGUGAACUGAGUGAAGAAACACUUUCAGUUUAUUUAGAGUAUGUAUCUGGUGGCUCAAUUCACAAGUUACUUCAAGAGUAUGGUGCCUUUACAGAGCCGGUUAUUCAAAAUUAUACCAGGCAGAUUCUCUCUGGGCUUGCAUAUUUGCAUGGAAGAAAUACAGUUCACAGGGAUAUCAAAGGAGCAAACAUAUUAGUGGAUCCUAAUGGUGAAAUCAAGUUGGUUGACUUUGGCAUGGCUAAACAUAUUAUGACAUGCUCUUCAAUGCUUUCAUUCAAGGGAAGUCCUUACUGGAUGGCACCUGAGGUGGUGAUGAAUACAAAUGGCUACAGUCUUGCAGUAGAUGUAUGGAGUCUGGGAUGUACAAUUCUUGAAAUGGCAACAUCAAAACCACCAUGGAGCCAGUACGAAGGGGUUGCUGCAAUCUUUAAAAUUGGGAACAGCAAAGAUAUGCCAGAUAUUCCUGAUUAUAUUUCCAAUGAUGCAAAAAGUUUCAUAAAGCUAUGCCUGCAACGAGAUCCAUUAGCACGCCCUACGGCCUCACAGUUGUUGGACCACCCUUUCAUUCGGGACCAAUCGACAACAAGAGUUGCGAACAUCAACAUUACUAGGGAUGCCUUUCCCAGAACUUUUGAUGGAAGCCGCACACCGCCAGCCUUAGAGCUUCACUCCAACCGAACAAAUGCCAAUUCUUGUGAUGGAGAUUUUGCAAUGAAGCCGGUGGUUAAUAAUAUAAGAGCACUGAAGAAUCCAAGGGAUGAUGGCAGAAUGAUCACAUCUAUGCCUGUAUCUCCUUGUUCUAGCCCACUGCGACAACAUGGGCCUGCACACAGGAGUAGUUAUCUUUCUCCUCCUCACCCUGCCUUUGCCAUGAUGGGACAAAGCAGUUACAAUUUAAGUGACUUCUCAUUAUAUCCAAUAAGACAAGGUCCAUACACCCACGACCUUUUCUUCGAUACCCCUCCGUUGAAAUUUCAAACACCGGGUACAUCACCGAGAACAAGACCCAUCUGAAAGAGUGUAAAUAUCAACACAAAUAGUCGAUCUCCCCAGAAUGAGGUAUCGACCAGAACAACACGGGUGUAACAUCUCUGGUUCCUUGAUCUUUUGAAGAAUCCGGCCAUAAAUUUUCCCUUUCGUCAGAGUGAAGUUAGUGAACUCCUCUAUAAACUUCUAAAGAGGGUGCUGGGCGUGAUCAGCGGAGAAGAAACUGAAUUUUGAUGCGUAGGGGGAGAGACGCAGAAUUUCUUGAUACCUAGACAACUCUUCUUUCAUUAUUGUAAAUGGCAGAUGUCAGUUUGUUUGUAACAUUCUUGUUGUAAUUUAGUCUGUUCUAUAAGAUCACUGCUUAUACCAACUCUUUUAGCUAGAUAAUGAAAAGCAUGUGGUUCAAGCUCCCCCCCAA